AUGCUCCGUUCAAUGUUUUGGAGAGCGUCGAAGCCUUCUUCUACUGCCACUACUGUGGAAGAACCGGUGCACGAUGUGGAGAUCCACAAGAGCAGCGAGACCACCAAACAAGACGACGAGACCAAACAAGAUAACAUAGACCAGGAGGAUGACCCCGAAAUUGCUGCUCUCCCCCUUGAGGUGCGCCAGCUGGUCAACCUCAGCGACGACCCCUCGCUGCCCACCAUCACAUUCCGAUACUUCAUUCUGGCGGUGGUAUUCGUCGUGCCCGGGGCGUUCUUGUCGCAGAUGAGUCAAUUCCGCACGACGAAAGCGCCUUACUCCGUGUUUUUCGUGCAGAUCGCCUCGCACUACGCAGGCCACUUCCUGGCACACGUACUGCCGGCGUGGACGGUGCGCACCCCGUUCUCGCGCUGGUCAUUCAGUCUCAACCCGGGCCCCUGGAGCCCUAAGGAGCACGUCCUCGUCACGCUGACGGCGGCCUCCGGAGCCAUCUACAACCAGGGCUACACGCCUAUCACGCUGGCGGAGCUCUUUUACGGCGAGCGACUGAACCCCGCGGUGGCCAUCUUCUUCAUGUUCGCCAUCGUGUGGAUUGGAUAUGCCUUCGCGGCGAUCGCGCGCUCUCUGCUCCUGUACGACCCUAGCUACAUCUGGCCACAGGCUCUGAUGCAGACGACACUGUUCGAGACCUUCCGUAAACAGGAUACCUCAUCGCCGCUGGCGCGUCGCCAGCUGAAAGUGUUUUUCUUCUCGUUUGUUGGCAUGACGCUGUGGCAGUUCCUACCUGAAUACGUUUUCCCCUUCACCUCGUCGCUGGCCUUCCUCUGCUGGGUGGCGCCGCAUAACCCCGUGGCCAACUUUAUCGGCUCUGGUCUGGGAGGUAUGGGGUUUCUGAACUUGUCGCUGGAUUGGUCCAACAUCAACUGGAACGAGUCCUCCAUUCUAUUGACACCCUGGUGGACGCAGGUCGUGCUGUUCGCCGCGUUCGUGUUCAACUGCUGGGUGUUGCUGCCCGCCGCCAAAUGGGGCAAUCUGGGAUCCUACAAACACGGCCUCAUGAGCAACCAUCUAUUAAUGGCCAACGGCACAGCCUAUCCCAUCCUCGACGUCCUCACUCCAGACUUCCGUCUCAACCAAACCGCCUUCGAUCACUACGGUCCCAUGUACAUGGGUCUGCAAUACGCCUGGGCCACCUUCUUCGACUACGCCACCAUCACCGCCGCUGUAGCCUGGAUCGCCACCUUCGGCUUCAAACAAGUCUCAUUGAACCUGCGCAAAGCCCUCGCAUCUCGUCGCGCCCAAUCCAUCAACCACCAAUACCACGACCGACUCAAUGUCCUACAACGGCAAUACCAGGAAGUCCCACUACUAUGGUAUGUAGUCCUCUUCUUCGUCGCAUUCCUGAUCAUCGUCAUCGCCCUGGCGAAGGGCUACCUUUGGAUCCCAUUAUGGACCUUCUUCGUCGCGCUGCUCACCUCCGCGGUGUUCGUCAUCCCCUUCGGCUGGCUCUACGCCAUCUCAAACUACCAGCUCCCCAUUGGUACCUUCAACGAAAUGCUCUACGGGUACAUGGUCCAUUCGCGCGCCGGAAACUCCCACAACCACCCCUGCGGACCGUCCACCUACGGCGCCAUCGCCGGCGACGCAUGGUAUCGCGCGCAGACGAUGCUUCAGGAUCAGAAAAUUGCGCACUACAUGCACGUUCCGCCGCGAGAUGUCUUCAUCUCGCAGAUUGUGGGGACCGUGCUUGGUAUCCCCGUGAAUUAUGGGGUGUUGCGCUGGGUACUGAAUACGAAAGGGGAUUAUCUGACAGGGAAGAAAGUCGAUCCGUUGAAUCAGUGGACUGGGCAGCAGAUACAGUCCUACAAGACGAUGGGCGUGCAGUAUGCUGUUAUCGGACCGGGGCGGAUGUUUCAGCAGAAUGAGCUGCGGGUGCUUCCCUAUGCGUUUCUUGUAGGGGCGGUUCUGCCGCCGUUGCUGUUUCUGGCACAUCGGAGAUUGCCCAGAUGGAGGAUCGAUCUCUGGAAUGUAAGUAUUUUCUUCUCCGGGAUGGCCGUGUUUUAUGGGAAUGUGAGUACCGGUUAUACGUCUGCGUUUAUAGGGGGGUAUGUUGUUAUGUACUGGGCGUAUCGGAAACGGUUCGAGGUGUGGAAGAGAUACAGUUAUAUGAUUGCAGCAGCAUUUGACGCGGGGUUUAAUUUGAAUAUGCUCUUGAUUUUUCUCUUGUUUGGGUCUGGGAAACAGAUUCAGAUGCCGAAUUGGUGGGGGAAUCAUCCGGUGUCGGUUGAAAGGUGUUUUGCUUUAGAUCGGUAG